AUAGACAACCAUUUAUAUAUUAUUUAAACAAACUCGUGGUAUAUAUAUAAAACCUUGGAAUGUAUAAUAUAUAUUUUUCACAUUUAUACAUUAAAAAAUAAAAAAACUUGAACAUGUUUCAUGAUGAGGUUAAAACAAAUGACGAUAUUGUAAAAGGGACUAAUGAUGAUGCUACAGUCAGUAGAUUAUCAGCUGUUAAUUUAGGAUAUAUUAAGGAUCCUUUUGUUCAUUUCUUUGUUAAACGCGCUACUCGACGUUUACCUAUUAUCAAUAGAGGAACUUUUCUUCGUUGUUAUUCUAUUGAUUCAAUUAUAUCUCAAUUUUUAAGUAUGCAAGGACCUAAAAAGCAAAUUGUAACAUUAGGCGCAGGAUUUGAUACAAGAUACUUUAAUAUCAAAUCAGGUUAUUUAGAUAAAGACAAUAUGCAACUGUCAGAUCAGUUAUUGCGCUAUUUUGAAGUUGACUUUCCUGAAAUUACAAUGAAAAAGGCAAUGAUGAUAAAAAAGCAUAAAGAAUUACUUCAUCUUUUAGACAAUGUCAAUCAAGUAAAAAUUGAAAGAGGAGGAAUGGAUUUAAAAAGUCCAGAUUAUUGUCUAUUAGGUGGUGAUUUAAGAGAAUGGACAACGUGUUCAAAGAGAUUAAUAGAUGCUGGAUUAGAUUUUCAAGCACCUACCUUAUUUUUAUCUGAAUGCGUCUUUAUUUAUCUUCCCCCUGAAGACUCAACACAUAUUCUAAAGUGGAUUACAGAUUACAUGAAAAAUACAAUGUUUACUUUAUAUGAGCAAAUUCGACCCGAGGAUGCGUUUGGUAAAAUAAUGAUUCGAAACCUAAGAAAUCGAAAUAUUGAAUUAAAGGGGAUCUAUGCAUUUCCUGAUUUAACUCAUCAAGAAAGACGUUUUAAAGACUUGGGCUGGCAGAAUGCAAAGGCAGUCGAUAUGAAUACCAUUCAUGAUACAUAUUUGAGUAGAGCUGAAAUGUCAAGGUAAAAUGAACUUGUAUAAAAAAAAAAUGAAUAUUGAAGUAUUUAAUUUAUAGAACCAUAGAAUAUCAAAAUUAGAGAUGCUGGAUGAACUUGAAGAAUGGCAUUUAUUAUCUGCUCACUAUUGCGUUGCUUGGGCUUUUAAUUCUGUGGACUAUCAAGAAGCCUUUUGUCAUAUUCAAUUAUCCUAAUUUAUCAAUGAACAACUGACUUUUAAUUUCAAUUAUUAUUUAGUCGUUGUCCUAGUAACAAUUUACAUUUAUCAAAUGACUUGAAAUGGAUGAUAAGAGAACCCAAAUAAAUAUAUUUAUAUAUGCACUCACAUGAUGCCCUUAUUUUUAUGUUCCUUUAUUUUAUUUUUGAG